CAAAAAAAACAAUAACACACCUAAAAAACUUUGAUUGGUUUUAAAUCGUUGCAACGUGACUCUCUACUUGACGUGAUCAUAAUCUUGAAAAUAAUAUCGCUUCUGUCAAAAACACUAUCCUCCAAACAAAAAAAAACACAUCUCUAACCGCCGUCAACGAUGAACAACAACCACAGCCGUUCGAUCGACUCCAUCUCCGGCUACGAUCAACGGACAGGAAUCUACCACAGCCUCCGCUCCCCUCUCUCCUUACCUCCCCUCACCCAACCUCUCUCCACAACCGACUACGUCCUCUCCCUCCUCCGCACCUCCUCGCCGCCCGCCGCCGCCGGAAAAAACCUCGACUCCCUCACUUACCUCGUCGACGCGAGCUCCGGCGAAAGUCUCACUUACGGCGAGCUUCUCCGCCAGGUCCGCUCCCUCGCCGCGUCUCUCCGGCGACGGUUCAACGCCGGAGACGUCGCGUUCGUCCUCUCUCCGGCGUCGUUGCACGUGCCGGUGCUUUACUUGGCGUUGAUGUCGAUCGGAGUGGUGGUGUCUCCGGCGAAUCCGAUCGGAUCAGAGGUGGAGGUGACUCACCAAGUGGAAGUCAGCAAACCGGUGAUCGCGUUCGCCACGUGGCGGACGGUUAAGAGUCUCCGCGCGUCUUGUUUCCCUCUCGGAGUCGUUUUAAUGGACUCUCCAGAGUUUCUAUCUUUUUUAACUAAACCGGUUUCCGAAGAUUCUCUAAAUCCGGUUAACGUUAACCAAACCGAUCCUGCAGCUAUUCUCUUCUCGUCGGGGACAACGGGGAGAGUCAAAGGCGUUCUCCUAACGCACCGCAACGUGAUCGCGUCAACGGCGGUUUCUCACCAACGGUCACUCAACGACCCCGUUGACUACGACCGCGUGGGACUCUUCUCGUUGCCGUUGUUCCACGUGUUCGGAUUCGGGAUGAUGAUCAGAGCCAUCUCGCUUGGGGAGAAGCUUGUGCUUCUCCAGAGGUUUGAGAUGGAGGCGAUGAUGAAGGCGGUGGAGAAGUAUAAGGUUACUGGUAUGCCGGUUUCUCCGCCGUUGAUUGUGGCGUUGGUGAAGUCGGAGUUGACGGAGAAGUAUGAUUUAAGUUCGUUGAGGUCGUUGGGGUGCGGUGGUGCUCCGCUUGGGAAAGAUAUUGCUGAGAGGUUUAAGAGGAAGUUCCCAGGGGUUGAUAUUGUUCAGGGUUAUGGCUUGACUGAGAGUACUGGGCCAGCAGCGGCGACGGCUGGACCGGAAGAGAUGGUUAGAUAUGGGUCGGUUGGUCGUAUCUCUGAGAAUAUAGAAGCAAAGAUCGUUGAUCCGUCCACCGGAGAAGCUUUACCACCGGGGAAGAAUGGUGAGCUUUGGCUCCGAGGACCAGUUAUCAUGAAAGGUUAUGUGGAGAAUGAGAAAGCAACUGCAGAGACAUUAGAUCAAGAAGGGUGGUUAAAGACUGGAGAUCUUUGUUACAUUGAUUCCGAAGGGUUUUUAUAUAUUGUUGAUCGGCUAAAAGAACUUAUCAAAUACAAAGCUUAUCAGGUCCCACCGGUAGAAUUAGAGCAGAUUCUUCAAUCGAAUCCGGACGUGGUUGAUGCUGCAGUUGUUCCGUUUCCGGACGAGGAUGCAGGAGAGAUUCCAAUGGCUUUCAUUGUGAGAAAACCAGGAAGCAAUCUCAACGAAGCUCAAGUCAUUGACUUUGUAGCUAAACAAGUUGCUCCGUAUAAGAAAGUAAGAAGAGUUGCUUUCAUAAACGCAAUCCCCAAAAACCCUGCUGGCAAGAUCCUGCGUCGUGAGCUUACCAAAAUAGCCGUGAAUGGCAACGCCUCUAAGCUUUGAGUUAACCGGUCGGUUUAAAUAUGAUUCAAUCGGUUAUCAGUGAAAUAUUGACCCGGUUUGGAUAAAAUUCUCCAUCGUUCUCUUUUACCGCUUCAAUUUUUUUUUUUUACCCACAUCUUUUCUUUUUCAAAUCUGUAACUUAUUAUUGUUUGGUCUGUUCAAUAAACCAAUUACUAUAGGCGGUUUGUAUUUUCGUUAAUAUGAUUUAAAAUAAAGUAUACACCGUUCGAC